GUCUUGUGGGGUUUAUGAUAAAACCAGCAGCAUUACUAACAGCAGCAAAGUCUAUACUGCAGCUGCUUAUAGACAAAAGAAGACAGCUGGUGGAACAACAUAUUACUUUGUCAAGAAGAGCAAGGUCAUGGGGAUUCAUCACUCUAUAAUGAUUCUGCUACUGGUCCUGUGUGCCUCAUUGUUCAUUUGUGGUCAAACAGACGAAGAAGUAGUAGAACAGCGUUAUAAGAAAUUCAUUAGGCAGCAUGUGUUUGGAGCCAUGAAUGUACAGAGAUGUGACAGUGAGAUCCGUACAAGACGCAUCACGGGGUCCCAAGAUGACAACAGCUGCAAAGAAGUCAACACCUUCAUACUAGCGAAUAACAAGCAAGUUAAAGCAGUUUGUACCGGAGGAGGUACUCGACGUCCUGAAAACAGAGACUUGUAUAUCAGCAACAAGCCAUUCCCUGUAGUUACAUGUACAUUAAUCAGUGGGGAGAGACACCCCAGAUGUGAAUACAGAGGACACAGGUCCACUCGAAGGAUUGUUGUGGGGUGUGCAGGCGACAGGCCAACACAUUUCGAAGAAGGUGUCAUCGUAUAGAUAUCAAGCUGAACAGACACUCUUAAAAAUAAAGGUGCUUAAAAGGUUCUUCACAGCGAUGCCAUAGAAGAACCAUUUUU